UAGGCUUUUUAAAUAGUUCCGGAGGGGUUUUAUAGUUUCUGAUAGGUUGUAACAAUAGUUCUAUUGCGCAAUAUCCGUAAAAUAUCUAUUCCGUAUACUGGUGGCAUCAUACACUUCAGUGCAGGCAGGCAUGAGUUGCUGACUUUUGUCAUAUGACAACCGAGCUUACACUUUACGCUCGAACUUAGGAUUGUAAGGAAAAUAAAUAUUUAGGCUAUAUUCUUUGAGCUGCCUCGUUGUAAGUGUCGUUUCGGGAACCAGCGGUAAGUAGCGAAGAGCCACUGCUUGCCAAGCUACACGUUCGUGAUCCGCAUUAUCGACGGAGGCGAUGAUCACUAAAUCCUACUUCCAGACUCGCCGCUACGAUUUAGCGCCAUGCUUUUGGUAUCGCCUAAAACCGGAGCGUUGGGCAUCUCCCCACGCAUCUCUGCCGGAGCGUUGUGCAUCUCCCCACUCAUCUCUGCUGUGCGGGAUCUUGUUUGAUCUUGUAUGACUUGUUACUGGCACACCUCAUUGGAGGAGUCAGCUAUAAGGAAAGGAAAUAUGUUACUGUAUGAAUCGUAUUAAUGAUGUCUCGAAAUAUCGUUCUGACAUUGAAUAUUGUAAUUCCUCAUGUGUUCGAGAUUCAAGAACAACAGUUGUUUAACAUCAGGUUGCAUUAGGUUGCAGAUAAUUUUUGUAAUAUUUAUUAUAUGCAAAAUAUGGUGUAUUUACAUUUCCCGUCAAACCUGACAGAAGAGGAGUUGAUGCUACAAGCAAAAUAUAAUAAACUGAAGAGAAAGAAAAAAGCACUGCAAGACUUGAAGACACCAAAACCAGAACCAGAGAGAAUACCUCAAGUACCAAAGCGGCCUACCGAAGCAAGGGAUGCUCGAGAGGUUGCAAAGAAAUUAAUCAAAUCUGGCGUUAUUACUGCACCAAAGACUCCAAAACGUCCUGAACAGUCAUUUAAAAGACCACGAGGUCUUGAGAGAAAACUCAACAGUACUGAAAAGACUGUAUGUUCGUAUCAACCUUUUUCUGCGACACAGCCUGAAGAGGAUGAGGCUGAUGCAGCAAGACCUAGAGUAAAGGAUCUCUAUGAUAGCUUCGUCAGUGCCCGUGAACAGGAAGAUCGCACCGUAACAGAUAAACAGACGCCUACAAAACAAGAGAUUAAACCACGAGUGGGAAAUACAAUAUUUGUUUGCGGAUAUAAAAUAUCAGAAGAUUUCUUGAAGAAACAUUUUCACACGUUUGGCUCGAUAGUUAAUAUAUCUAUGGAAGUAGAGAAAAAUCGAGGCUUUAUCACCUUUGACAAAGCUGAGGCAGCGGAAAGGGCGAUCAGCGAGAUGGAUGGCAGUAUGGUAUCUUCCAUUCAGCUUAAAGUGUCUCUAGCAAGACGACAACCUAUAAUAGAUCCUAUAAACGAUGCUACGUCAAGUUCCGUGUGGUCGUCUAUCGCAGCUAGUUAUUCUCAAAAGAGCGCACACAAAGAUAGGCGGGAUCUGAAGGUUUACGAAGAGGAUCUUUUUCAGUGAAUGGUUCUUACACUUUAAAUAAAUCAGUUUAUUUUGUAUCCCUUAUAUUUUAGAUUCUAUGAUUGAUUAACGAUUAAAAUUUUAAGCCUCCGUUAAAUACUAUUGUCGGUCUUCAGAAUGCGCGAUUACUUUUCUCAUCCUUCUUGAAAUAAGAAGUUAAGUAGUAUAUAUUUUCCAGGGAUACGCGUUGCCUCGUGAAUAGACAUAAGAAUUUAAGAAAGGAA